UCAGUUGACGUCGAUCCGCAUGGCGGAGGCCGCCUCCGCUUGACUUUCGGCAUGGGCGACGGCCUUGAUGGUGUAGGGCACGUCCUUGUACAAGCGCACCGUUCCCGGCCGAUUCCACGCAGGGUGGCGGACGCUCUCCACAUAAGUCACGAGGAACAACCACCUUCACGAUGAGGUUUUUGCAAAUGCGAUGGAAGGGUGAAAGAAGACGAGUGAGUGCUGUUGCGAACCUACCCAGGGUCGGCGUAGCUCGUGAAGGUGUGCUGAGGUUCGCGGUGUCCGUAGAUGUAUCCCUCGACGUCUUGAAUGGGUCCAGCGGCCUGAUAGACAGAGGGGGAGUCCGACGAAUCUUCCCUCUGUGGCUUGCCUUCCCUCUCCCUUACCUCCCUGGCCUCCCAACGGGCGUCAUCUAUCUUGAUGUACAGCGUGGCAUAGCAUCUGUCGAAGCGGGGGCAACGCCCGUUGGCAUCCAGUGUCGUGCCGCAUAUCGUGCAUGGGGGGCGGUUGCCGGGCGGCGGGUCGGUGGACGUGCACUGCCACCCUUCCACGGUCACUUGGACCUCGCCUGGCCUCACUUGAACAGUCACAGGCAUCAGUUCGGCUCCUGGCGGCGGGCGGGCGCUUCAGAUCUGUGAACCCGGGGGGGAGGGACCUGGCGGAAC